GGCCCAGGCUAGGCUGGCAGUGAAUGAGGAAGCAUCUGCGGGCCUCUGAUUUGGCAGCGUCGGCAGGAGGCGGAACACGCCCGGGCGUCUGCGAGAGCCGUUCAGUGAUAGCGGCGACAGUCGCGGAUGCUACAGCCAGGGGGCGAGGCGCAAUUUCUUCGCUCUUUGCUUGUCGGAGUAGCGGUGAGGAGAGAAAGGCGCAAACCGCAAGCCGGGAAGGGCGGCUGCCGCAAGCCGCUGCUGUUUCCUGAGGAAUCCGGGGAACUGCCUGCAGGGCAGAGGAGGCGGUGCAGUUCUGAAGGAGAGGCGACCUUGUGCCAGAUCCCGCCUUCCUUGUCCAGAAAAGACCCUCCGCGUAAGCCAACAUGGAUCCUGGAAUGAGGAGGACCAAGGCGGAGGACGCCGAGCUCCCGCAGCCGCCGGAAGAAGAGGAAGAAGAAGUGGACCCCAGGAUUCAGGGGGAACUAGAAAAGUUGAAUCAAUCCACAGAUGUUAUCAAUCGGAGAGAAACUGAGCUUGAGGAUGCACGGCAGAAAUUCCGUUCUGUUCUGGUUGAAGCAACAAUAAAACUAGAUGAACUAGUGAAGAAGAUUGGGAAAGCUGUAGAAGACUCGAAACCUUACUGGGAAGCACGGAGGGUUGCCAGGCAGGCACAAUUGGAAGCUCAGAAGGCAACCCAGGAUUUCCAAAGAGCCACUGAGGUGCUACGGGCUGCUAAGGAGACCAUUUCCCUUGCAGAGCAGAGGCUGUUGGAAGAUGACAAGCAGUUUGAUUCGGCCUGGCAAGAGAUGCUCAACCAUGCCACUCAAAGGGUCAUGGAGGCAGAACGGACGAAAACCCAAAGUGAGCUAGUGCACAAGGAGACGGCCGCCAAAUACAACGCUGCCAUGGGCAGAAUGAAACAGUUGGAGAAGAAGCUGAAAAGGGCCAUAAAUAAAUCCAAGCCUUACUUUGAACUCAAGGCGAAGUAUUACGUGCAGUUAGAGCAAUUAAAGAAGACAGUGGAUGAUCUGCAAGCAAAGCUCUCUUUGGCAAAGGGUGAAUACAAAACAGCUUUGAAAAACUUGGAGAUGAUCUCUGAUGAGAUCCAUGAGAGGAGGCGAGCCUCAUCAAUGGGGCCCAGAGGAUGUGGUGUGGGUGCUGAAGGCAACAACACUUCAGCAGAAGACCUUUCUGUGUGCAAAUUGGAGUCGGAUAAUAUCUCCGUGGCUUCAGAAGUAUUUGAGGAUGACAACGGCAGCAGCUUAGUGUCUGAAGAGGACUCUGAAACCCAGUCGGUUUCCAGUUUCAGUUCUGGUCCAACAAGCCCCUUUGAGAUGCCAGCUCAGUUUCUUCCAGUGGCACGGCCUAGAAGUUUGGAUCUGUCCAGCCCCAUCUCGCUGUCUGAAUUUGGCAUAUUUCCUCUACUAGGACCUCGCAGUGAAUGCAGUGGGGCUUCCUCGCCUGAAUGUGAAGUUGAAAGGGGAGAUAGAGCAGAAGGAGCAGAGAACAAGGCACUUGACAAGGUGAACAAGAACAGGAGCAGCAGCAACUCCUCCUCCAGUGGUCCCACGUUGGAUAAUAGGAUGAAGCAGCUCUCCCUUCAGUGCCUGAAAGUCAAAGAUGGGAUUUGCGCAGACAGAAAAGUGGUACAGAUUGGCUGAGGUCUCUGUCCGCUUGGAGCUAAUGAGGAACCUAUACAUUAAUUUAUACACAAACGUUCUUCUGAAGGUCAGAAGAACCUUGUGCCAAUAACUAUUUAAUAUAUGCCAAAUCUGUAAGCGUUUUUUGAAAGAGCUGCAUUAAGAGUUCCAUCAGUGUUGAGGGCUGGAGUGUGUGCGUUUUUAAAAAAAAUAAAAGUGAAAUCUUUUGUCAUGACAGAAAUUGGUCACAAGCAUCCACUGGGCUUGGCGUACUUCACAGCCUUUGUUAGUCGUUUUGCAGCAGUUUUGGCAGAAGCAAUAACUAGUAUUGUCCUGUGUCUGGAGUUCUGUGUCAUUCGGGACCUGAAGGCUGAGCCAAAUGUUUGGGAGGAGCAGCCGGUGUCUGUUUUGCAGGCGGCACCCGUUUUGUGAGCUGGCCUGCUGUUUAAACAUAGAAUUCCAAGGUAACAGUGGCAUAUCCUCUGAAAUACCUAGUACUUUAAAUGUCUAUAUUUAUAUUUUGGAUUAUAAAAGGAAACUGUUGCAUGUUACUGAGUCUAGAGACCGUCAUUGUCUCGAGAGCUCAUAAGUGAUAAAAAGGGUAACAUAAAUAUGUCGUCAAUAAUGAUGCACAUGCCCUUCUGGUGUACUAUGUUUUGGGGGACGUGGCGAGUGCAACUCAAUUAUUGUGAAUCCAGUGACCAAAAUGAAAUGUACAUUGGAACACUUACAUAUGACACUUUUUCCAACACUUUCAAGUGUUGCAACUGUACCAUUGGCAUCAGUUGCUAGGCAUGGGUAGUGUUACAGUAGGAAAAUAUUAUUUUUACACCUUGGCCUACCAAGUUAAAGGGUGCAUGGUGUGCAUGAACAGAUGGUCUGUUUGCCAGUUAGCAUUAAAGGGGUGAGUACUUCUUAGUAUCUCCUUAGGAUGUCAUGUUAUAGGGUUUGUAGAGUAAUUAAAGGACUUAUAAACUUAGCAUCCCUUAAGCAAAAAAACCGAGUAAGGCUGGGAAGGGAGUUGGAGCAUGCUUCAGUAACAGCUGUUACACAGUAGAGAUGUCUGGUAGUUAUGCUAAUAAGAGAUAGUUAAAAGCAUAGGACCUUUGUUUUGGUAGUUAGCAUUUCUGAAACUGACAUAUGCCACUGCUAAUUAAACUUACUUAUUUCGUUGGCGUUUUGCAGUUCUGACCAUCCUCAAGUUUUCUGUUUCUUGGCCUAGUUUUGUUGUUUUUGUCCCUACUGCAGUUUGGUGUAUCUAUUCUGAAUACCAGUGUAAAAAAAAAAUCCUUCCCACUACAGUGAGCACUUCUUCCACUCCUUAAUUUUGUUUCCAUGUGCAGUAUGGUUAUAUCGAAAGUGCUUAAAAUUCUUUUAGAAAAGACCUUUAUAAACUGGUGUCCCUGAAUAUACAUAUGCCUUCCAUUUGUGUGUUUGGCUUGUGUUUCAGCUGAGGAAAUGAACUUUGCGAGUGCCAGAUGGAGUGGUAAACAAUAAAAUGAAAACUAAACA